UUGCUAGUUUUUACUACAAUGUUUACAUUUGGAUGAAUAGUGAAUGGGAGGAGAGCUUGCAAGUUAGAUGACUGAAUGUGAUUUAUUUUAUGUUCUAUUGGCUUGUGUAUGAUAACUGAACGACAUGCUGAGGGAAGUGAAUGAGAGGUGGUGAUAGAAUCAGGUGCUCCACUUUGAGAAGAAUAGAAAUCACAAUGGAGCAACUUUUGAAAACUAAUCCAGUAUGGAUGACUACAGUUAUUACUUUCUUCUUGCUUUGGUGCCCAGUCUUCUCUGCUGUAGAAGAUGGAAUUGUAAUCGUGGUUGUGAAUCAGAAAACGUUUCAGCAUGCUGAAGAGGCAAGACUGUUGGCUGAGGACGUUGCUGAACAGCUCAGAAAAGUUAACCAGAAAGGUGCAGUCCAUGUAGCUACAGAUGACUGGGAGGAUGAAGCUGCCUGGACCUAUUACCCACUCUUAGAGAAAUUAAGCAGCAGACACGGCAGCAACAGUUCCUGGUGUGUGUUUCUUGAUGAGAAGUCCCUGCUCAAUCUCCAGAAACUUCUUUCGGUCCUUCAGAAAUACCCCAAAGACAAGGAGUUGUUCCUAGGACGUGCCGUGUGGGACCGCCAAGACACAAUCAUCCACCACUUUGACUCCGUGGACCCCAAGAAACCCUUCCUCUACCCAGACACAAGGGCUGGGAUGGCGCUGUCCACCCCACUCAUCAAGAGACUGACAAGGAGAUGGCUAGAUGCAACGACAAGACCCAAGAUUGAUUUUACCAUCGAUGCUCAGUAUGAAUUUGCUCGCUUUGUAGAAUCAGCAGGAAUAAAGCUCACCAAUGAACGUACUUUCUGCGUAGAAGAUGAAGCGGAAACCUGUGCUGUCACCUUCCAACCUCGUAAAACCUGCGUGCUGGAUCAAGAUGGGGAGCUGAAGACGGAGGAAAUCCACGUGGCAGUGAAGACAUGCUCACACUUCCACGAUGAGCGACUUUCUGUCAUCAAAGACACUUGGCUUCCUGAUGCUCCCAACCAUGGCCUUUAUAGUGACAGAGAAGAUCCAGACUGGGGCACAGUUUCUCUUGGAAUCCCCAACACAGAAAGGGGGCACUGUGGGAAAACUCUUGCCAUCAUACGCCAUGUGGAGGAUCUUGAUAUAUCUAUGAAGUGGCUUGCAAUUGUUGAUGAUGACACCCUUAUCAGCAUUCCUCAUCUGAAGUCACUUCUGGCCUGUUAUGAUUCUGAUGAAAUGGUUGCCAUUGGAGAGCGGUAUGGCUACAUGGCAGUCAAGAGACAUGGUUACGACUACAUCACUGGAGGGGGCGGGAUGAUCUUCAGUCGUGCACUGGUGGAAGAACUUGCAGACCCUGAUGUGUGCAGCUGUCCAACCAUAGACACCCCAGACGAUAUGUUCCUUGGGGUAUGUCUGGCACGUCUCUCAGUGCCAGUAACUCAUGCAGAGGGAUUCCACCAGAGCCGCCCCAUGGAUUACCCCCCAGAGCUGCUUCAGCCCGAACCUCUCAUCUCAUUCCACAAACACUGGAUGAUUGACCCUCGUGAAAUCUAUGCCAAGUGGCUUGAUAACAGCCCUAAUGUUAUGGAGAGGCAGCAGCAGAAGGAGCCAUCGACCUCAAAAGGCCACAGUGAAUUGUAGAGUCUAAAUCAGUGUUUAGGAGAGGUGCUUGUGCAAGAGUAGCUGCUUUGAGAAUGUUGGAGGAAGGACAUCCAUGGCCAUUGAUAAUAUUUUAUUUUCUGUAUUUAUGUCAGGUUUUUGUGGGUGUUAGAGUCAUUAAGACAAUCAUGCUUUAGGAUGAACUUUUAUCUUUUAUAUGUAUUCAUUUCUGAAGCUCUAGAUAUUGCUGUUAUGAUUAUUAUUAUCAUUAUUAUUUUGUCUUUAUUUUCAUGUGUAUUGUCAGGAUCUUUGUGGAUAAUCACAUCCCUAUGAAUGUUUUUAGAUCUUUGAUAUCAGAUAUCAGAUCCUACAUUAAAUGAGAGAGAAAUGGAGAAGGUUGUACAAUGCCACGAUAACUGUGCCUUUCUGUGUGCAUGGACCACUGUGAUAUAAUCUUUUACUCUUGUAGUUAAAGACAGACCAAUGAAUGCAACCACUGCCCAUUUUACUUGAAGUAAAGAUCACUUCUUAGGGUUGCCAAUGAAAGCAACCACUGCCCAUUUUACUUGAAGUAAAGACCACUUCUUAGGGUUGCCAAUGAAAGCAACCACUGCCCAUUUUACUUGAAGUAAAGAUCACUUCUUAGGGUUGGCCUCCUAUGGGAUAUUUUUUUCACAGUGUUCUCUAAGAAAUACGACAUAUCAUGGAAGAUUAUAUGCUUGAAAACAUAUGAUUGAUGAUUUUUAAAAAUCAGUGCAUAUAGUUUUUCCAGUACAGUUUUUUAAGGAAUUAAAUGCUGCAUAUAUAUAGUUAUGAAACUAGUGAACAGUAUUUAAGAGAAAUGAAUAAGAGCUGUAAAACAAUUCUUGCUCUUCUUAUCAUAAAAAGCAUUAAUCAUAACAAAUGUUCCAAGUGUGACAUUAGAAAUGCUAACUAAAUUAGGAAAGAGUAUCAUCCCAUUAAAAAAGAUCUAAUUUACAAUAGAAGUUAAGGAGGGUCACAAGAAAUUGAGUUGAGAAGAAAUAUUAUCAUAUUCUAGUUAACUAGAAGUGAUUUAGGAUUAUGAAAAUAGAGAAUGCAAAAACAAUGAAUAUUGAUUCAAGUGUUUUUUUUCAGUAUUAAAAGAUAGUCACUUAUACAAAUAGACACUGUUUAGGAUAUUAUAAGCUGCAAAUGUAUUUGAAUAUGCAAUGCACUGACUGAAAUGUAAAAUACACAUAUCAUUUUCAUAGAUGUGUUUAAAGAAUAAAGUGAAAGAAUUUGUACUACAACAGUGUGAUGCUACAAAUAGAACUAGUACAAAAAGGCAUUUAGUAUUUGUCUUGCAUUUGCUUUUGUUGUGUGUUGGGUUCUGUUUUGUGUGAUUUUUGAUGUUGCAUUUUGCAGAAUCAGUAUUGUGUAUUGUAUUUGGUUAUGUGACAUUUUUCUAUACUGUUGGAGGGUGAUAAAAUAAAGGAAAAUACAUAUGGAUAAGCUUAAUUACCAGUUAUUAUCAGAAUCUCUUUGUAAUAUAGAUUUCUUUACUCACUAAUAUUAAUUUGCAUUUUUUUCUGUAUAUAUAUUUUUCUUUUCUUCUUGUAAUAUAAUAUCAAAUAAUCACACUGUAGAUAUGUGCUCAUGGUGCAAUUUAGAUACCUCGAACUCUAAUAUUUUUUUACAGUAACAGUUUAUUUGUACGACAUUGAGCAGUAUGACAAACAGAAUGCUCAAGCUGUAUACCCUUUGGAUGAUUCUUGAAUUACUGUAUCAUAUUUUUGUUGAUUAGUGUAGGUAAAGGUAUUAUAUUAUGUCAGUUCUUAUAUUCCAUUUUUAUUUGAAACUGUCUUGAUGCAGCAUAUCAUCGGAGUUGAAUAAAUAUGAAUUGAUUUUG